UAUUCCCACCUAAAAGUAUUUUCUUCUUAUACCAACCCCCAAAUCCCAAUCAAGUUGGGAAACGAAAAAUGAAAAAAAAAAAAAAAAAACGAACAAGUUUUCUUGAGAGCAAAUAUAAAUCCAAAUUUCCAAUAAGCGAAGUAUAGCUAAUACCCCUCCGCAAAUUUUCAUACCAGCGGAGAUCCUGCAACAACCGAAAAAAAAUGGUGGCACAUUUUGAAGGAUGGUGUCAUUUUGUCAACCAAUCAGUAGAAAAUUUUGAGAAACAUCUUUCAUGUAGGGAUCCCGUAGCCGCUACCCUUUGGGUGCGCACAUGGUAAACUCUGCUCCUGUGCAAUAGCCUGCAAACCACACAGGGGAGGUAACCCGCACUAGGCAAGCCUCGUGCGACGAGCUCGACCCAGAAAGCAAGUCCCCUAAUAUCGUAGGCAGGGGGUUUCGAACCUAAGACCUCCAUUGUGGAAGUCUCAUGUUCAACCAACUGAGCCACCCUUGCGGGUACAUGGGAAUGGAAAAGCUGUCAUUUGGAGAAUCUAAAUUUUGUUGGAACUGCUGGUGCUGCUUUUUGGUUGCGCAAACAGGCUGGUAAGGAGAUUGUCAAUAUCUUGUCAGGAUCAAUAGUGCCAUGUCAGUGCUGAGGUCAAUACUGCCAUGUCACAGAGGUAGAUUAUUAUUGGCCUUCAAAUGUUGGCGUUCCACAAAAUCUCUGCCAGUCUCCUCUUUCUGUUGCAAGUUAUACUCAAGUGGAAGUUGCAAUGAGGUAUUAUCAAAUGGUAUUGCAAGCAAGGAAAAAGAGUUUGAUUUUGAGCGUUUAUUCCACUCUUGUACCGAAAUCUACAUUCUGAAGUGCCUUCAUGCCCUUCUCGUUGUGUCAGGGAAGGCUCAGAGUAUCUUUAUUGGCACCAGACUUGUGAAUCUUUAUGCUCACUUGGGUGACGUUUCUUUGUCACGGAAGACUUUCUGCAUGAUAGAGAAUAAAGAUGCUUAUACCUGGAAUUCGAUGAUAUCAGCUUAUGUUCGUAAUGGUCAUUUCCGUGAAUCUCUGAAUUGUUUGAAUGAAAUGUUGUCCACAGGUGAUGUUAAGCCUGACUUCUACACUUUUCCUCCAGUGUUGAAAGCUUGUGAUAAUAUAAUCGAUGGUAUAAGGAUACACUGCUGGGCUUCAAAACUUGGGUUAGAGUGGGAUGUGUUUGUAGCUGCCUCCUUGGUGCAUAUGUAUUGCCGUUUCCAAUCUUCUACCGUUGCCUUUAGCAUUUUUAAGAACAUGCCUUAUCGGGAUAUGGGUUGUUGGAAUGCUAUGAUAUCUGGGUUUUGUCAGAAUGGAAAUGCUAUGGACGCAUUGAGCCUGUUGGAUGAGAUGAGAUUAGAGGGUAUAAAAAUGGAUUCAGUGACCAUUGCAACAGUACUUCCUAUAUGUGCAGAGCUUGGUGAUAUUGUGCAUGGGAUGUUAAUUCACUUGUAUGUUAUAAAGCAUGGACUAGAAUUAGAUGUCUUUGUAUCGAAUGCCUUAAUAAACAUGUAUGCCAGAUUUGGUGAGUUAAGACAUGCACAAAAAGUAUUUGAUGAUAUGAUGGUAUUAAGAGAUUUAGUAUCAUGGAACUCUUUAAUUGCUGCAUAUGAGCAAAAUAAUGUUCCCGAAAAAGCAUUGAAGUACUUUCAAGCGAUGAUGAUAACUGGGAUUCGCCCUGACUUGUUGACGUUGGUGAGCUUAGCUUCUAGUAUAGCUCAGACCAAAAGUUUUCGUUGUUGCGGAUCAGUUCAUGGAUUUAUAUUGAGGAGAUCUUGGAUUCAGAAAGAUGUUAUUAUGGGUAAUACUGUUGUGGAUAUGUAUGCAAAGUUGGGUCUUAUUCAUUGUAGUCGUAAGGUUUUUGACGAGAUCCCUAUUAAGGAUGUAGUGUCAUGGAACUCAAUGAUCACAGGUUAUGCUCAAAAUGGACUUGCAAGUGAGGCUAUCAAAAUUUACAACAUGAUGAAAGAGUGUGAUAACAUAGCACCAAACCAAGGAACUUGGGUGAGCAUUUUGCCAGCUUAUGCUCAUCUAGGAGCAUUGCAAGAAGGAACAAGGACUCAUGGGUAUGUUUUCAAAGUAGCUCUUAAUUUGGACGUCUUUGUUGGUACCUCCCUCAUUGACCUUUAUGGAAAAUGUGGAAGACUGGAUGAUGCCAUGUCUUUGUUUCAUGAGGUGCCUAGGAUGAGUUCAGUCCCUUGGAAUGCCAUAAUAUCAUGUCAUGGUAUUCAUGGACAUGGUAGGGUUUCUCUGAAGCUAUUCAAUGAUAUGCUGGAUGAAGGUGUUAAACCAGAUCAUGUAACAUUUUUAUCUCUAUUGGCAGCUUGUAGCCAUUCAGGGUUAGUUGAUGAAGGUAAAAGAUACUUUCAAAUGAUGGAGCAAGAGUUUGGCAUCAAACCUGUUCUAAAGCACUAUAGCUGCAUGGUUGAUCUGUUUGCUAGGGCUGGGCGCCUAGAAACGGCAUACCAUUUUAUAAAAAGCAUGCCUUUGCAGCCUGAUGCUUCAGUUUGGGGUGCUCUUCUUGGUGCAUGUAGAGUACAUGGAAAUGCUGAGCUGGGUAAAUUGGCUUCAGAUCAUUUGUUUGAAGUCGAUCCAGAGAAUGUUGGGUAUUAUGUUGUGCUGUCUAACAUGUAUGCUAAUUAUGGGAAAUGGGAGGGGGUGAAUGAAGUGAGAUCAUUGGUUAGAGACAGGGGGUUGAAGAAGACUCCUGGAUGGAGCUCAAUUGAACUAAACAAUAAGAUUGAAGUCUUUUAUACGGGAAAUCAGUCUCAUCCACAAUGCGAUGAGAUAUAUGAGGAAUUAGGUAUUUUAACUGCUAAGAUGAAGACCUUAGGUUAUACUCCAGACUAUACCUUUGUAUUGCAAGAUGUUGAGGAUGAUGAAAAGGAACAAAUUCUUACCAGUCAUAGUGAGAGAUUGGCUAUUGCUUAUGGAAUUCUAAACACUCCUCCUAAAAGUCUGUUACGGAUCUAUAAGAACUUGCGGGUUUGUGGGGACUGUCACAAUGUGACUAAACUAAUUUCUAAGAUAACAGAGAGAGAGAUUAUUGUAAGGGACUCCAAUCGCUUUCAUCACUUCAAGAAUGGUAUUUGUUCGUGUGGGGAUUACUGGUAACAUGCGCUCCAUAGUUUUGCAGAGAAAUUUUAACCUAGAGGUUGAUAUCAUCAUAGUGUAGCUGCUGCAAGAAAUGUAAUUUGUUCUUCUCAAGCUGCGGUACUAUCCUGUGAAUGAUGAAUUCUCGCACUCUGGAAUGGAAUAGAGAUUUUUAUGAAGUAUGUCAGUUUGACUAGGCUGGUUUUUGCCACAUGGAGGAACAUAUGCAGUUGUGGAUUUAUACUUUACUAGAUCAUGGGAAUGCACUAACUUAUCUUAUGAUUUUACCUUCGUGUUGUGUAAGUUGCUGAUCUCUAGGAUUUGUAUUCUGAAGUCUCAAACCUGUAUCCUCAAACGCUUCAUUGGCCUCCUUUCUAUAUUCUUAAAUGAUUGCACACCUGAAGAGCUCCAGGAAUUUCCCUCUUUUAUUCCCCCACUCGCCAACACAAUAAAAAAACCAAAUGAUUAAGAAAAGAACUAAAAUAUUUAAACCUAUUACAUUUGUCACCUGUUGAGUCCAUUUAGCUAACUCUUGGACUUUGAUGUCUACUUUUGGACGGAACCAAAUAUUUCUUUAAGGCAUUAUUUGUGCUCUUUCUUCCAUUAUAGUCGAGGCUUCAUGUUGUACAAGUGUAUUUGUGCUAUUUAUUCCUUUAUUGUUAAGGUCUUCUCAUGUACAAGUGUUAUCUGUUCAUACACAUCUGUAUCUAGAUUGGUAUGCCUUUAAUGUACGUGGAAAUUCAGCUUUGUUAACUUCUUGGUUAGUGUUUGCUUUGAGUUAAUAAUUUAAGAAAGUAUUUUGGGUGUCGGAUUAAUUCAUGUCUCGAAGCAAGGUUUUCAACUCCAAUUACUGUUGCAACAGGACAGCAGAAAAUAUUAACAGGAAUGCCAUCAAGUCAUGUUUGUCAUUUCAUCUUGGCAGGUUCCAUGUUUCACUCUCUAUCACAGUGCACAGCUCUCUACAAACAACCGAUCGAGCACGAGAUUGGCAGGCGCCAAACCAAAAUCAAAGGUUGUUGCUACUUGCUACCCCAGAUAUUUCGCCGAAGGGAAGAAGCGAACCUCUGAAAGUGGAGAAGUGUUCUGCUCUCCAACUGUGCAAACUAUUAUGAUAAGCUUCCUGUAUGCAAUUCAGCCCUACUUGCUUCCGAUUUUUCACAGUACAAUGUUACAAUACUUUCGUGUUGGGUUGGCUUCUUAAGAAAGUUUCUGUCCAUGGGGACCUUUUAUGUCCAUUAAGUACUUCAAUUCAUGGAAAUGAGUUAUUUAUUGAAACCAUUGUAUUCUUUGUUUGAUUGUUCUACAUUGGGAUGAGAAGAGAAGAUUCCCUUUGCAGGCACUUUUAUGUAGUUAAGCUUCCUCUGGUAUUCAAUGCUCUUUGUGUUGUAUGAAGUUAUGAACAUGAGAAUGCUUGGUUGACGGUAAAGGCAGUCAAGAGUCCAAUACAUGAAUAUUGUAUUGGAAAUAUCCAACUGAGUGAUUUGAGUGUUCAGUUAACACAUUCAAGAGUGCACAUCAAUGUGGAGGAAGGGGUAUUAAUACUGUAUUAAUGAUUAAAAAGUUAAUGAUUCUUAUGAAGAUGGUCAGUCUGGGAAGACAAUUUUAUGAUCUAUCAAGUGACCUUGAAGUUAUCUUUGAUCCUAUACUACUGAAACAAAUGCUCUGUAACGAUGGUCCUUUUCAAAUGGAUGGGUGGUUGAAGUGGGCUUUAAGAAUUAUGAUUCAACAUAUUGGUAUUAAGAAUUUUACUGCUGCAAUUCAACGGUUUGAAAAUGUGGACUCAUUGUCAAGAAAACAUACUUGUGUUAUGGUACUAGUUUACUAUGUGAUGGGGAGUUCUGAAACAUACCAGUUAUUCCUGGAAAAGUUUUAUGAGAACUUUCAGAAUUCCACCCAUGUUUGAGUUACAUUCUGGAGCUUAUACAACUAUUUGAAGCUACUGAUACAAGCGAUAAGGGAUAUUCUUCUGAGCUACAUGUGGAAGUUUCAUUCUUGGGAAGGUUGGGAGAAUUUAGGUGAACUGCAAAGUGACAGGAAACUGCUGAUGACAUUUCAAAUAAAAUAGAUGCAACUAAUAAGUUCACAAGUACUUUGAUAUUUUGAUUGCUCUAAUAUCUACACAGUUGGUCUCUACUGUAUAUCUUGACCAGCAUAGAGACUACACCAGAAGAUCUUUUGGCUGAGAAGUCUACUGUCUCUUGCUUCUUUGAAGUAUCCAGAAUUUGCUGAAUCUGAAUUCAAUGUCGAAACAUUGUUAGCCAUGUUAAGAGAAUGGGCGAGGCACUUCACCAAGGGAGAAACUGAAAAGGAUUGUGGUAAGGUAUAUGAUGGUGAAUACACUUGGAGAAUGGUACUUAUACGUUGAUUAUAAGGGGGUUGCUAAGUUUUGGCAAACUUAGGGAAUUGACAGAUAGACCGCUGAGUGUUUUUUAAUAAGAGUUUAGUUAAUUACAUAUUUUAGUAUGAAGAUGUUUAUAUUUUCAUUUUUGGUCCUCCUCAUUCACGUGUUCUGAAGAGAGGGUUUGUGCAUUGAACUAGCUGCUGUUUUGAGCUUAUGCAUGAGAAUUCCUAGUUA